CUUGCGGGGUGCGUGCGGCGCGGGCGCCUCGGCGGCUCCAGAAGAUUCCCGGGGGUGACCGGCGGCAUGGAGGAGGAGGCGGGAGCGGCAUCGGGAGCGGCCCCGCCGCGGUUCUCGGACGCGGACGUCGACCGCGACCCGGGGGCGGCGGCGCAGGAACUGACAACAGCUUUGGAAAAGAAUCCAGAUGAUGCCGAGUGUUACUGUCAACGCGCUUAUGCUCAUAUUCUUCUACAGAAAUAUGCUGAUGCAGUUGCAGAUGCAAAAAAGUCUCUAGAGCUCAACCCAAAUAAUGCUGUAGCGCUCCUUAGAAAAGGGUUAGGUGAAUAUCAUAUCAAAAACUAUGCAUCUGCUUUAGAGUCCUUCAGAGAGGGACAGAGGCUGGACAAUGUAGAUGAUACCUUUACUAUUUGGAUUAAAAGAUGUGAAGAAACACUAAAUGCAUCACAGACUGAUUUGAAUACACAGCAGCAGCCUCUGCCACCAAAGAUCAAAUAUGACUGGUACCAAACAGAAUCUCAAGUAAUUGUGACCAUAAUGAUCAAGAAUGCACAGAAGGAUGAUGUCAGCGUGCAGUUUUUGGAGAGAAAGAUGAAUGCAUCAGUGAGACUUCCAUCAGGUGAAGACUUCAACUUAAAGCUUGAUCUUCUUCAUUCUAUAGUGCCAGAGCAAAGUACAUUUAAAGUGCUUUCAACAAAGGUUGAGAUAAAAAUGAAGAAGCCAGAGGCUGUAAGAUGGGAGAAGCUGGAGGGCCAGGGAGAUUCUCCUAAGUUAAAACAAUUCACACCAGAUACCCAGCACUUAUACCCAUCAUCAUCUCACUAUACAAGGAACUGGGACAAACUGGUAGUUGAAAUCAAAGAAGAGGAGAAAAAUGAGAAGUUAGAAGGAGAUGCUGCUUUAAAUAAACUCUUCCAGCAAAUCUAUUCAGAUGGUACAGAUGAAGUAAAACGUGCCAUGAACAAAUCAUUUAUGGAGUCUGGUGGCACAGUUCUGAGCACCAACUGGUCUGAUGUUGGUAAAAGGAAGGUAGAAGUAAAUCCUCCUGAUGACGUGGAAUGGAAAAAAUUCUAAUCCUAUUUCUGAUCUUUACCAUCUGUGUGUUGCCAUAAUCAUGUACUGACCACUAUGUAUGGACAUACCAUUCUUGGAUUCAAAGCACUGAAUGUUCCCUUGAAAACAGGAAUUGUCUGUACAUCUUGUGUGCUUAGAAAUUCCUUCAUCUGCAGAUCUUAAAGAUAUACUCAAGAGUGGAACCCUAUUUUUAUCAUCUCUGUCUUAAUUUCUGGGAAUUGAGUCCAUCAAUCCAAAUUUUCUACCACCUUUAUCAGCUCUGCUGUUUGGGAUAGGGUGAUCUCUAAUGGCUGGUCAGGAUUAUUGCCUUACACUUGGUAUUUCUGUUCAAUAACUUAUUAGAUCUUGGCAAUUUGGGGUAAAAACACUUCUCACAACAGUGUUAAAAUUGUUUGCUCCUUAACUCUGCUAAAUAAAACUGUAAAUACAACUUUUUCUAUAA